GUGGAAGCGGAACUUAGAGGUUGUGAGCUCGUCAGAUUGCAACACUUCAGCACUCCACACAGUCCUAGUUGGUCGGCUGUAUAGUAGCCCUCCACUGUAUCCGGAGCCAGAAUAUCCCACAAGUAAAUAUUCUCGUCCGACAACUGCAAAACACCAGUUAUCUACGUAUCCCACAAUGGAUCACGGCGCACACGAUAUGGCUGCAAGGUGCUCAAUGCACAUGCUCUGGAAUACCCAAAUCAUAGACACCUGCAUCGUAUUCUCACAAUGGCACAUCCGCUCUAACCUUCAAUUUUUCUUCUCCUUCCUCGCCAUUGUAGCCCUAGGUAUGCUCUACGAGUACCUCCGUGUCUCCUCGAGGGACUUUGAUAAGCACAUUGCUGUCAAGUUAAAGAUACAGAACGGGCGUAGGACACCGCUUGCUCUGAGUAGGCAGAGCUCGCCUGAACGUGAUGAUGAAGCUGAGGAGACUGGCUUGUUGAAUGGUUCGAGGGUCGCAAGGAAGCAGGGAUUCGCUGUGCCCCCCCUCUAUCGUGUCAUGCGUGCCGUGCUGUAUGGAGCCAGCGUAGGCUUGUCCUUCUUUUUGAUGCUUGUAUUCAUGACAUAUAAUGCAUACCUGAUUUUUGCAGUCAUCCUUGGUGCUGCUGCGGGACACUACAUCUUGAGUGAUACUAUAGAGCCAAACGGCCCUGCUGACAAGGGGAUGGCAUGCCAUUGA